AUGUGGAAGUGGUUCUCAGGAACCAUUCAUCUUGCCCUGCUGCCUAUCCUCCAAGAGGAGCCAGAAAAUCUCUGCAGGAACUUGGAGCAGCCCUGGACAUUUAUUUACCCCUUCUUCACUAGAGGCAGACCUUUCCCACUGCAAUUGCUUUUCUUUGGCACGUUAUUCUGUAUCUAUAAUGGCUUCCUCCAGGGAUACUACCUGAUUUACUGCGCUGAAUAUCCAAAUGACUGGUGCACUGACAUCAGAUUUUCUUCAGGCCUCCUCUUAUUUCUGCUGGGAAUGGGAAUCAACAUCCACAGUGAUCUCCUGCUGCGCCAGCUGAGGAAACCGGGGGAAGUCACUUACAAGAUUCCUCAAGGGGGACUGUUCACCUAUGUUUCUGGAGCCAACUACUUUGGAGAAAUUGUGGAAUGGUUUGGUUUUGCCAUAGCAACCUGGUCCUUACCAGCCUUCGCCUUUGCCUUUUUUACUCUUUGUUGCAUCGGGCCACGUGCUUAUCACCACCACAGGUACUAUCUCAAGACAUUUACGGACUAUCCAAAAUCAAGGAAAGCCUUGAUUCCUUUUGUUUUUUAA